CCGGCCCAGCCCAGGCACACACCUGUCUCGCCCCUCCCGUUCUCCGGCGUCUCCGCCACAGAUCGGCCGGCGGCCCCCGUCCGCACCCAUCGACCCACGCCGCGCCCCCAACAGCCGUCGACAUUGGCCGCCUACUGGAGCGGCGCCACCACCGCGUGCCACCUCCUUGCCAACGAAGUGGGGGAGGGAGGCCGGGACGGCGGUAGUCGGGAUGCGGUCCACGCCGGCGCUCAUGGCGGGUGGCCCCCGUCGGCUGGAGCUGCCGGUGGCGAUGGCGGUGCUCUCACCUCUGGCCCGGUGCUCAUGGAGGCUGCGAAGCCUGAAGUUCCAGAGCUUGCAAGCUUGAUGAAUCAGAUACUAAUCUUAUUGGCUUGAAUUGGCUGCUUUAAUCUAAUGGGAAAAUCAGCCCAUGGCAUGGAAGUAGAGGAAAGUCUGCACUGCACAGGUCUACAUCCAAUGGGAAAUCGGAUUUUAUGGAGUGACGAAUUCUCUGAUUGGCAAUAUGAUUGCGCCACAUGAACAUGAAAUUCCAACUUAACCUGCCUUUUCUCCACAUCAAAUUUAUUGCCCAUUCCUGUAACAUCGUUGGAAUAUUUCAAACCGUUGAAAUUAUGUCACACCUUCAACUGCAUGACACUGGACAUUGCACUAGUCAUUUUCACACACACUUUUUUCACUUGUGAUUGAGAAAUUUGUUGUAAAUAAGUGGUUAUAUACCAGCAUCCAAUAUUUUCAUUGGCCGACCCCGGAGAAUGAUAGGGAUUAUCGCCUAUUUAGCGACAUGUACACAAGGAGAGAAGUGCAGGGUACUACAUUCGUUGAGGACCUACAGCUCCACCCACCACCCUCAUCUCCACCUCCUUGCUCAACCAUGAAGACAUGGCGGCUUUUCAUGGUCCAUCUUCUCACUCGUACCCUCCUUUAUCUCACACCCAGCUCUUCUCAACCCACCAGCAACCAAAGUAUAGCAACUACAGCGCCGAUCUCCCUGUGCUCCUAUCAUUCAAAUCGUUGAUAACCGGUGAUCCUACAGAGGCACUGUCCUCUUGGUCUUGGGACCCUGUCAGGAAUGGCACGAGCACGGUGCCGUUGCCUGAUUACUGCGAGUGGACCGGCGUGUCCUGCAGCAACCGCCGGCACCCAGGCCGUGUCACCGCCAUACAUCUGGAUGGCUUGGACCUAGCCUGCGCCAUCUGCCCCCGCAGCUCGGUAACCUGACCCGCCUCCGCGUCCUCAGUCUUUCGGACAACAACCUUGGUGCUUGUACAUCACUUCAUGCCUUGGACCUGAGCGGGAACUACCUCUAUGGUUUCCAUGCCUGCUUCUCUAGGUCUCCUAUCAAACCUCACAUCUCUCAACGUUACCCAUAACAAUCUGACUGGUGAUAUUCCCAUGUCAUUCUCCAACCUCACAGCCCUCACGAACCUUAGCAUGCGUAGCAACUACUUCCAUGGCCAAAUCCCCAGCUGGCUCGGCAACCUGACUUCACUGACACACUUAGGAUUAUCCCAGAACAGUUUCAAUGGCCAUCUCUCUCCAGCUCUUGGUAAGAUGGCUAAUCUUGUUAUAUUUGACAUCACAGCUAACAGACUGGAAGGCCCUUUUCCUCCAUCCUUGUUCAAUCUUUCUUCCGUCACAGACUUCCGCAUCAGCUUCAACCAGUUUUCAGGAUCUCUGCCGCUUGAUAUUGGCUUUAAGCUUCCCAAGCUACAUAUAUUCACCACAAAUGGGAACCAAUUCGUUGGACCAAUACCAGCCUCCUUGUCAAAUGCUCCGCACUUAAAGAUUUGUUUUUUCGCGGAAAUCAGCAUCAUGGGCUGAUUCCAAGGGACAUUGGCAUCCAUGGUCAUAUCCGGAUAUUUUCCUUAGGACACAAUUUUCUUCAAACCACAGAGCGUAGGGAUUGGGAUUUCCUCACAUCCUUAACCAACUGUAGCAACCUGACAAUACUAGACCUUGAACAAAACAACCUCGAAGGUGUUAUGCCAGUUACUAUUGCCAAUCUAUCUACAGAGCUCUACUGGCUUACAAUAGGCAGAAACAAAUAGCUGGGACCAUACCUGCAGGUUUAGGGAAGUUUCAAAAACUUAGAAAGGUCAUCCUCGCAGAUAGCCUUUUCACGGGCACCCUGCCUCUGGAUAUUGGCCAGAUUCCUGGCCUCCAGUAUCUUGACCUAUCCCAUAAUAGAUUCUAUGGGCGGAUUCCACAGUCAUUAGGCAAUAUCACACAAUUGAGCAACCUCUCUCUAUCUAAUAACUUUCUAGGUGGCAGCAUUCCACCAACCCUUGGUACCCUCACAAAACUUGUAUCUCUGGAUCUUUCCGCUAACUCCUUGAUGGGGGAAAUCCCACAGGAGAUACUUAGUAUUCCCUCUCUUACCUUACUUCUCAACCUCUCCAGCAAUGCUCUAAGUGGCUCCAUUCCAACACAGAUAGGGAAGUUGAACAGCCUUGGCAUAAUCGACCUAUCAAUGAACAAGCUGUCUGGUGAAAUCCCAGACGCUCUCAGCAGUUGCGUCCAACUGAAUUUCCUAAAUUUGCAAGGAAAUCCUUUGCAAGGGCCAAUACCGAGAGGCUUUUCUUCUUUGUGAGGCCUCGAAAAGUUGGAUCUUUCCAAUAAUAACUUAGCAGGACCUGUACCUGAGUUCCUCCUGAGUUUGGAGCUCCUAACGUAUCUAAACCUCUCUUUCAACAACUUAUCUGGUCCCGUUCCAAAUACAGGGAUCUUUCACAAUGCCACUGUAUUGUUGCUCCCUGGUAAUGGCAUGCUAUGCGGGGGUCCCCCAUCCUUGCAACUCCCUUCAUGCCCAUAUAACCAGGCUUCGCAGCAUCGGCGUCGAGUCAUACUCUUUUGCAUUGUUGGAAUUUUGAUCUUCUUCAUGUGCUCCCUAACUGCAUGCUACUUGAUGAAGACAAGAAUCAAACCAAACAGUGGUGCUGAUCAAGAAAUCGAAUUUCACCAUGAGAUGCAUGAGAGGAUAUCCUAUGCUGAGAUAGAUGCAGCAACAGAGUCAUUCUCACUGGCAAAUUUGAUUGGUUCUGGAAGUUUCGGCAACGUGUACAUAGGAACUCUAAAUCUUGAUGAGAGUUUAUAUACUGUAGCAAUCAAGGUUCUCAAUCUUGGCAAACGAGGAGCUAAUAGAAGCUUCUUGAGAGAGUGUGAAGCCCUAAGGAAGAUUCGACACCGGAAACUUGUCAAAGUGAUCACUGUGUGUAGCAGUUUGGACCGUAAUGGUGAUGAGUUUAAGGCACUUGUCUUAGAAUUUGUCUGCAAUGGAAAUUUAGAUGAGUGGCUGCAUCCAAAAGCAGCGACUAACAGCAUGACCUUUAGAAGGCUAAGUUUGAUGGAAAGGCUAUGCAUUGCUCUUGAUGUUGCAGAGGCAUUAGAAUAUCUUCAUCAUCAAAUUGAGCCAUCCAUAGUUCACUGUCACAUCAAACCAUGCAACAUCCUUCUAGAUGAUGACAUUGUUGCGCACAUUACCGACUUUGGUCUAGCAAAGAUAAUGCAUACUGAAGAAUGCGAGCACGGUGGUGGUGGAACCGAAAGCAGCUCACUUGUAAUUAAAGGCACAAUUGGAUACGUCGCACCAGAGUAUGGCUCAGGAUCCGAACCCUCCACGGAAGGCGACGUAUAUAGCUACGGGGUGUUGCUAUUGGAAAUAUUUACUGGAAGGAGGCCAACUGACAAUUUCAUGGAUGGUGUGACAGGCCUUGUCGGCUAUGUCAGGAUGUCCUAUCCUUAUAAGCUACUGGAAAUAUUGGAUGCUAGUGCAACCUACAGCGGAGACACGCAGCAUAUCAUUGAUAUAUUCUUAUAUCCUAUGUUUAAGCUUGCCCUAGCUUGCUGCGAGGAUUGCCCAAGGCACAGAAUGAAGAUAGAUGAUGUAGUCAAGGAAUUGAACAUCAUAAAGAGAGCAUGUGCAGCUCAUAAGGCUGUCCAUGAGUUUCGAGCAACCGCCUAAUCCAUAGGCGAGCAAUGAAGCGUUAUGAUCAUCUUUUCGGUGUGCACCCUGAUGCUAUGGAAAUGGAAUGGGAGUUCUGAAAUGUGCUUCUAUUAUUUGAUCAUAUAGUGUUUGAACUUCAUCUGAGGCGUGCUCAUAUCGAAGUUCACCGGUGUGUGUGUUGUUUUGUAUUGCUGGCGUUCGGUGCCUGGAAUUCCCUGAAGUUCAGUUCUGGUGCCGUCCUGAAA